UGAGUGGUGUGCAAAUAAAAAAAAAAGGGUGUAAAACACAAGAGUUCAAAUAAUAAAUAAAUUAAAUUAAAUAAUCAUAACAUAUUUUGCUCCGAACCUCCAUCUUUUAUACAUCUUUAUCCAGCUGUGCAGCCGUGAACCCGUUUGACCUCUGAAAAUUUGUGAAAGUUGGUGCUGGUGAGGCGAGAGUUGUACGAGCGGAUCAAUGGCCUGUGCUGAAUGGCUGCGGCCGUCCAGAGGUGGAGACUCGCCUGGGAUCUGCUGCAGGGCUUCACCCCGCCGGAUCGCCAUCAGUUUUUACAUCUGCCGAUGCAGUGAUACAUGGAAGUACAACACAAGAGAAGCAUGAGGCAACACUGUGCUCUAAAACAUGGAAUAUUCAAGGAAUUCUUGGCAGAAUUCCUGGGAACGUUUGUCUUGGUGCUGUUCGGCUGUGGCUCAGUCGCUCAGACCGUCCUCAGUCGAAACACCCUGGGCGAACCGCUCACCGUCCACAUCGGCUUCUCCGUGGGCCUGAUGAUGGCAGCGUACGUGGCCGGCGGCGUUUCAGGGGGCCAUGUGAACCCUGCUGUGUCCCUGGCCAUGGUGAUUCUGGGCAAGCUGAAGAUCUGGAAGUUUCCCUUCUACGUCAUCGCCCAGUUUCUUGGGGCUUUUGCAGGAGCUGCUGCUGUCUUCGGGUUAUAUUACGAUGCGUUCAUGGACUUCACCAGCGGGAUCCUGUCAGUGACGGGAAUCAACGCCACGGGUCAUAUUUUUGCUUCGUAUCCGGCGAGACACCUGUCGGUCCUGGGCGGCUUCAUCGACCAGGUGGUGGGAACCGGCAUGCUGGUGCUGUGCAUCCUCGCCAUCAUCGACGGCGGGAACAUCGGCGCUCCUAAAGGCGUGGAGCCGCUGGCCAUCGGCCUGAUCAUCAUGGCCAUCGGCGUGUCCAUGGGGCUGAACUGCGGCUACCCCCUGAACCCCGCCCGAGACCUGGGACCCCGACUCUUCACGGCCGUGGCAGGGUGGGGGAUGGAGGUCUUCAGCACUGCGGACUACUGGUGGUGGAUCCCGGUGGCGGGGCCCAUGGUGGGGGGCGUGGUCGCCGCCGUCCUCUACUACCUGCUCAUCGAGCUGCACCACCCCCGCGAGGAGCAGGAGAAGCCCCAGCAGGAGGAGGCGGAGGAGGACGAGGAGGACGAGGACGACGAGGACAGCAGCCUGAAGGACAAAUACGAGAUGAUCACCAUGAGUUAAAAAGACGAUCACACCCAGAACUGAUAGACAUGUUUUGUUUUUGUUUUUUUUUUUACUGUCAGUUGGAUGAAGAGCACACGCAGACUUCCUGUGUCAGGGCGCUCUCGCUCGUAGAAAAACAGGCUGUAGUUCCACUUCUGAUUGACUUCAAGCUGUGCAGAGGCUAACUCUGCAUUGCUGACAGUUUUGUUUUGUUUUUUUUACCAGAAGCUAAACGCCACCACAGGCUUUUUGUUUUGUACUGUGUGAAUAAGUAAGUAAACAAACACAAAGUUGCCGUACCCUCGUGAAACAGUGAUCCCACCGUCCAUAUUUUGUAUUUUCUAUGUUUCUUAAACAAAUGAAACUGUCCCUCCUGAGCUCGUCUCACUGUGUCCUGUACUGCCAUCGGCACUCCUGUAUUGUACAUACUUCACUGUAUAUAAAUCAAUCUUUGCAUGCAGUUUUGUCAUUUCCCUGAAAGUUUGGCUUUCUUUCCUGAUCAGCUGAAAUUACCUCAUGUGUACAUUAAGCCACUGUUUUUCAUUUGUUUGAUUUAUUUUGAAUUUUUUUUUUUUUUUUUUUUUGCAAAGCACUCUGAUUUCUCCCUGUUCAUUAUUUAUUUCUCUC